AUGAAGGAUGUCCCAUAUUCAAAUGAAGUGGGUAGUAUGAUGUAUGCUAUGAUAAUCACUAGAUCAGAUAUAGCCUAUGGUAUUGGGCUAGUAAGUAGGUUCAUGAGAAAACCAAGUCCAGAACAUUGGAAGGCUGCAAAAUGGUUGUUGAGAUAUUUAAAAACCUCAUCACAACUGAAGCUAAAGUAUUGCAAAGAUGAGAGAGCAAGUACAAGGGUUGCAAGCUACUGUGAUUCAUAUUUUGCAGAUGAUUUGGACAAAAGAAGGUCCAUUUCAAGUUAUAUUUUUACAUUUGGAGGAAAUACCAUCAGUUGGAAGUCAAGUCUGCAGCAUGUGGUGGGUUUUUCAAGCAUGGAAGAGGAAUAA